AUAUCUGACUUCAUCCUAACAAAAAAUCUGUAAAAAAAAAAGUAAAUUCUUUUUAUUUUUUGAUUUAGCAAAUACCCACAAAGUAACGUGCCCACAGAAAUAAGUGACUCGUAAGUCAAAGCAAUCUUUAUAUGGUUGAGCUAAAAGUAGAAAUUAUAUAUCAGACAAAGCUUGAAUGUCGUGUUUCCGUUAUGGAAAAGGAAUAGUUAAUCAUUUGAAUAAAUAAGCUUUGAAAAUUGUAAAAUGUUUGUGACUCGCUAGUACAGUAUUAGAAACAAAAAUCCUUGAACGCAACCUAAAAGUAGAAGAUAAAUAAAUAGAAUCUUCCAACAACCUUAACCUUCCUACUUGAGUCUUUAUGCAUAAACUUCAAUCCUAUGUCUAACUACUCACGCAUUUAAUUACCAAUAAAAUUUAUCAUGUGUAGUAACACUUUUGCUCAUGCACCCACCACAGCUAUCCACAAUUCCAGUAGCACUGAAGACAAACCAUAUUCUUGUAACAUAUGCAAUAAGACUUUUUCCUGCAAAAGUGUAUUAAUUACUCACUGUCUUGUGCAUUCAGGUGAUAAACCUUAUUCUUGUAGCAUAUGUAAUAAGAGCUUUUCAAAACAAAGUCAUUUAACUUCUCAUGGGUUUGUUCACACUAAAGAAAAGCCAUAUUCUUGUGAUGUAUGCAAUAAAAGCUUUUCAAGUAAGAGUAAUCUUAUAACUCAUAGCCUCGUCCAUACAGGGGAGAAACCUUAUAUUUGUGAUACAUGUAAUAAAGGUUUUUCACAGAAACGUAGUUUGGAAGCUCAUAUACGUAUUCAUACCGGGGAAAAACCUUAUCCUUGUGACUUAUGUAAUAAAAGUUUUUCCCAAAAGAGUAGUUUAAUGACUCACGGGCUUGUUCACAGUAAUGAAAAACUUUAUUCUUGUAGCAUAUGUAAUAAGAGUUUUUCAAGAAACACUUCUUUAAAUAAGCAUACCCUUAUCCACACUGGCGAAAAGCCUUAUUCUUGUAGCAUAUGUAAUAAAAAUUUCUCACAAAGUAGUACUUUAAAAACUCAUUACCUUAUUCAUACUGGGGAAAAAAGUUAUAAUUGUAGUAUAUGUAAUAGAAGUUUUGCAAGAAAGAAUGGUUUAAAGACUCACAGUGUUGUUCAUACUAAUAAUAAACCUUUUUCUUGUAAUAUAUGUAACAAGAAAUUUUCUCGAAAAACUAAUUUAGCUUCUCACUUUUUUGUUCACGCUGGUCGUGCUGUAAUAUCUACAGCAGCUGCAACAAACUAAUCACUUUCAUGUUUUCCUUCAGAAUUAUAUUGUAUAAGAGCAGUGGUCGGGUAUACUACAUUAUUUUUGUAUUUUAUUGCACAUAUAGUUAACUACAACUACUUUUUUUUUUAAAUAUAGUGACCAUUAACUACUCUACUCCACUAUUUUUAAGAGACAAACUUUGUUGGAGAGUUUAAUUUAUGCCCAUGUUUAAAAUGGUGUUAUGUAAAAAAAUUUUUUUUUUAUUUAAGCAUGAGCAAUUAUUAGUAUUCAUCGGCCCAGUUUAUUAUUAUUCUAAAUUAUUUCUUAUGAAUUUGUUAAUUUAACCAUAAACUUUUAAUAAUUUUUUCGCCAGCGAAUAUUUAAUUUCAAUGCUAAUAAAUGAUCAAAUAUUUGUGAUUUUUUAAAACUUUUAAUACCCUUUUAUUUCCUCCAAGAAAGAAAGUACAUUGUAAGUUACACAGCAAAAUGUUUUUUUUUCCAUUGAAAUAACAAAGUUUAUAAGUGUACAUUUGCAUCCGAAGAUACAGCUCUAGCAAUAAAUGACAUAUUAUUCAUAACAACUAUUUUAAAUAUUAGUAAUUUGUAAUUCUUAUGCUCAGACACAAGGGUAUUUUAUUUGCGUCCAUUGACAGACCCGUAAAGAUUUUUACUUAUCAGAUUUGAAAUAAUAGUUGCAUUUGAAAUUUGUUUAUUUAUUAGACUAACAUUAAAAGUAGUUACCAGAAAUCUCUACAGACUACUGUUCUUUUUGUGUUGCACUGCUCACUACACUACUUUUUUUAAAAGGUAGCACAGUACACUAUAAACUAUGAAUAAGAGGUAGUACUUAUCAGAUUUGAAAUAAUAGUUGCAUUUGAAAUUUGUUUUUUUCUUAGAAUAACAUUAAAAGUAGUUACCAGAAAUCUCUACACACUACUGUUCUUUUUGUGUUGCACUGCUCACUACACUACUCUUUUUAAAAGGUAGCACAGUACACUAUAAACUACAAAUAAGAGGUAUCGACUUCAUUAGUUUCGCUGCUUGUAGUAUACUAUUUCCGACCACUGCAUAACCCUUUGACACCGAUGUGUCACUGGUGUCGCUUUUAUAUAUUUUUGUUUCUGAUGCUCUAAUUACAAGCAAAAAUAUAUAUUGGUAUAUUUUAAGUGUGAAAAACAGUAUAGUAAUUACUAAAAAGAUUUGUUAAAUUAAUGUAAUUAUAUUUGUUCUAAAAUAUAAAAAUCCAAAAUAAGUGGUUUAAAAAUAUUUUUUUUCAUUCAUAUUCAAACAUUUAUCUAUAAUAAAUUUUAUAAAUAAAAUAAUUUCAUUGAUGAACAACUGUUUUUCAUAGAUCUAUGAAAAACAGUUGUUCAUCAAUCAAUAACUGCAUAUAAGUACAAAUUUGUAAAAAAUAUUGUUUGGAAGGGAGCUGUAUUUGGAAGAUUUUAUCUUUAACGCAUACAAAAACACCUGUGUUUCUUGCUGUAUUUUAUUACCAUAAAUUUCUAAAAUGCUAAAUAUGAUAUUUUUCACUUAUUUUGACCUAAAUAAUGGAGAAAGUAUGCAAAAUAUGUUUAAUAAAAAUUCUGUGUCAAUCUGUGUUUUAUCAUCUGCAUAAUUGUUCAUGCGUAUUUAAAAGCUGUAAAAUUCUGGACUUAUAAACAAAUAACAUCGAAAAUUAUUGAAUUGAACUUUAUUUCCCCUCUCAGUAAUAGAUGACCGUCCGCUUGUUGUGUAUUUAGAUUAAAUGUUUAAAAAUUCAAAUAUAAAAAAAUGAUGUUUUAAAUUUUUAUUGUUAAUUUAUUUACUGUUAUGAAUAUUGUAUGAAAUUGCUCUUAGUAUUAUUAAAUAAAGGUACAGUGAAACCUGUCAAAUUAACCUCUAUGCAAUCUGGCCACUUGUCUAUCUUGUAUGUAAAUAAUUCUUACUUAUCUGGAAAUAUUAUUGAAAGUUGUUCUAAAUCUUCAUAAGUUGACUGAACUUUUAUUUGUAAGUUUUGUAUGCUAUAUUUAUAUAUUAGAAUUUCAUUGAAUUGGGAAAAUAGUGUUAAAAGCUAGCCUAAACCUCUUUGAUAGUGCAGUUGACUAUAUGAGAAAACUUUUAAGGGCUUUUGCAACAAAUAGGUUUUUAAGUAUAUGUAAUAAAAUAAAUUUUGAAAUCAA